ACCAUGGAGAGCUGCCGGGCCCUGGCGCUCUGCGCCGUGGCGGCCGCGCUGCUGCUCAGCGCCCGCGGGCAGGGCUCGGCCCCGCCGCGCCGCGCCCGGGACCUGGGAGCGCCCGGCGGCGGCGGCACCUCCCGGGAAAAGGAGCUGAUCGAGGCGCUGCAGGAGGUGCUGGAGAAGCUGAAGAGCAAGAGGGGACCGCACUUCGAGAAGAAGUUCGGGCAAGUGCCCAUGUGCGACGCCGGGGAGCAGUGCGCCGUGAGGAAGGGGGCCCGCAUCGGGAAGCUCUGCGACUGCCCCCGGGGGACUUCGUGCAAUUCCUUCCUCCUCAAGUGCCUGUAAGCAGGGACGCACCGGGACAAGCCGCCGGGAGCGCAGGAACCGAUGUCUGGCCGCCCCGACGUGCCAGCCUGGGCUAACAGCGACGACUUCUCGCAGCUCUUUCGCCCGAGAAACGCAGCGAGAAGCCCCCGCGUGGUCCAUGUAACGUCGUCCGUGACAUCCGACAUCCGUGGAGCUGUUUUCUUUCUCUCCCCCGUCCCACUCCUCCCCCUCCCUCUCCUCCUUCCUCGCUUGUUUUUGUCCGUCCAGGAAAAUCCCGGGCUGCGCCUUGGCGAAUAGAGGUGCCGGUCCCGGGAGCUGCAGUGCCGGUGCAGGGCCGAGUGGUGCCGAGCCGUGCCGGGAAGCGGGGUUGGCCCCGUGCCGUGCCCCGGGCUGUCCGGCUCCUUCCUCGGGCGGGGAACAUCCACCCACUGCCGGCUGGAGGAGCCGGGACCAGGAGAUUCCCCUGGGUGGUUUGGGGGUAAGAUGGGGGAGAGGGAAGCGUGUGCGUCCGAAACACCCUGACACCUCUUUCUUGCCUCGCAGCUGAGAGGUCCGAGCUCGGCACGCCCCAGAGCGAGAGGCCUGUAGCCCACGGUGGGGUUUGCCUGCACCACUGGCUUCAGGCCAAAUCCAGUUGUGCUCACCCUGUGCCGUAGAAAGUCCUGCAUGAGAUACUGGUGGUGUUCAGGGGUCCGGCACUAGCCUGGCUGGGGUGGGGCUGGGGGGAAAUCAGUUGCUUUACUGGAACCACCACGGAGAGAAAGCUGUCUGGAUCCGUUGCAAAUUACCUGGGGAUAUACCUAGUCAUCUAGACCAAAUGGCUCACGUUUCUACAAUGAACUGAUGUAUAUAAAUAUGUCUGUCCUCCACAGGUACACUCUGUGUUUCAGCAAACUCCUAACAUGUUUCAAUCCUUUGUUUGUCUCUAUUAAUAAAGUCGAUGUUCUGA